AUGGUUCGCAUCAGCUUCACAUCCAAUGCCUGCCGGAAGGCACGCUCGCUCAUAACCACCACCCAGACCAUCAAACCAACUUCACACAGCACCAGACGGGGAUUCGCAUCAGUAUCCUCCACAGCAGUAACCUCCAGCUCCGGCAACCGCCAACACAAAGUCGUAGUCGUGGGCGCGGGCAGCGCAGGCCUCUGCAUCAGCCAUCAACUCCUCCGAACCGGCAAAUUCGGCACUCACGACAUCGCCAUCAUCGACCCAGCUCAAUGGCACCACUACCAACCGGGCUGGACGCUCGUGGGAGCCGGGCUCAAAAACAAAGAAGACCUCAAACGCCCCGUUGAAUCAUUACUCGACCCGAAACUGAAAUUCUACAACACGGGCGUCAACACCUUCUCACCGGACCAGAACAGUGUCAAUCUCAGCAAUGGAGACAACCUCACCUACGAGCAAUUGGUCGUCGCACCAGGGAUCAAGAUCAACUACGACUCGAUCAAGGGGUUGCCCGAAGCUCUCGCGAAUAAAGAUUCACUCGUCUCAUCGAUCUACGGCUACGAGACUUGCGACAAGGUCUUCCGCACGAUUGAGGCCCUCAAAAAGGGGAAUGCCAUCUUCACCCACCCGACCGGCGUGGUGAAAUGUGCGGGCGCACCCCAAAAGAUAAUGUGGUUGGCCCUUGACCACUGGACGAAAGAGGGUCUGUAUAAUCCUAAACCGGAUAGUAAGUCGCCUUCGGCGAUCAAUAUCACUUUUGCGACCGCUUUGCCCGGCAUGUUCGGCGUGCCCAAAUACAGCCAAGCACUCAAUGAACUACGCCAGGAACGAAAUGUGGAGGGGCUGUUUCAACAUGACCUAAUUGCUAUCGAGGGCAACACGGCUGUCUUUUCCAACCUUAACACCGAGGGCGAGGGCCAGGUGGUCAAACGCCACUUUGAUUUAUUGCACGCCGUUCCCAAAAUGGGUCCUCACCCCUUCAUCGCAACCAGCCCCCUAGCCAACUCCGCGGGCUUCGUCGACGUCGACGAGUCGACUCUCCAACACAAGAAAUACCCCAACGUCUGGUCUGCAGGCGAUGCAUCGAGUUUGCCGACCUCAAAAACUGCCGCCGCAAUCACGGGCCAGGCACCUGUCCUGGUUGCAAAUCUCCUUCGGACGAUGGAGGGCAAACCCGUUGAACCAGAGUAUAAUGGAUAUACCUCGUGUCCAUUGUUGACCGAAUACGGCAAAGUCAUGCUUGCCGAGUUCAAGUAUGGUGGCGUCCCUGAGGAGACUUUCAAUAAGUGGUUUGGGUGGGAUCAGGCGGUUCCAAGACGGGCGUUUUAUCAUUUGAAAAAGGAUUUCUUUCCUUGGGUUUAUUAUAAUUCCAUGGUUAAGGGCACUUGGGCCGGGCCGAAGGGGUGGAUUAGAGGGCCGUCCGAGUGA